ACGAAAGCGCUUUUUCAAAAUUUAUUUGUCUCUUUUCUUUUGCAGUUGUGCGAGUUGAAGUUGCCUGUGGUGCCGAAAACGUUCCAAUUUGUAAGGUACUGCCAUUAUCAAAUGAAAGAAAUAAGUUUUUACAUUUAAAUGCUUUUAUAUACGCGUAAAUAAGUCUGGAAGCAUUUGAAGCCUUACAAUUUUGUAUUUAAAAGUAAAUGUGCGUUUAACACACAUAAAAACUUAUAACUAAUAAUACCAUAUGUACAUAGUGGUAAUAUAGAAUUAUCCAAGUUGCGAACCUGCUACAGUACGUUGCAAAACUAUUGCAAGUUGACAGCGAAUUGUGCGCUCUCUUCCUUAUUCAAUAUUCGUUGCAGCAGGAAAUGAGUUUUGAAAGCCCAAACGCUUAAUUUACCGGUUAAAUACAUUACGAAAAGGAGUGAAAUGAAAAACAAACAAAAAAUGAACUAUAGAGGAAAAUUGUACACUGCUGUAUGCUGCAAAGAAAUGCUUACAGCGGACAAGCAGCCUUACGCCACUCUCAAUUCCCGAAAUGUACUUCUGGUUAAUUUUCGAAGUGGGUGCUCGGUUUGUAGGUCGCAGGUGGAUACGUAAAUGAAGGGCAGCUAUGCGAUAGACAGCUCAAAGCACAGUACGUCUCGUGUAUUUGAGCAGUGUGCUGAUUACAGCGGUUUUUAAGUUAGCAGUGAAUGAAAUGAAAUCAAAUUAAUAGCUCUUUUUUUUUAAAUAUUAAAAACAUGUGUACAGUAAAAAGUAAAUUAAAGCUUAAAGUUAAUAUGCUUUAAGUAAAACGUAACAAAAAUAUUGUAGUUUAUUGUAAUUCUGUAACAUUUAUGCCGUGUAUCCUUAUGCAUAGGAAAUCUGUGACGGGAGUCACGUGAUGGAAAAAAUAUAUAUUUUUGUUUUCAUGUAUUUAUUUAUAUGUUUAACAUAGAUUUUGGUGUUCUAAAUAGUUAUGUACCUUUACAAAUGUUGUGAACUUAAUACAAAUAUUUAACAAAAACAUUAAAAAAACAACAGCGAACUUUUGAAUCAAUAACAAACAACGUGGGAACAUCAUUGCAUAAUCAAAGCUUAGGAGAUUCCAGAACGACUUAAUUACCAUUAAUUAAACAACCAACAAACCUUAAUAUACUCGCCCUUAAACCAAACCUUAAUAUACAGCCUUAAAAUUUGUAAGUCAAUUAACGCGCAUCGACGGUAAUAUCAUUAAAUAUCGCCGCCAUUUGGGUCCGACAAAAGCCGUGUUCAUUCGUGGAGGUCAACACUUCAAUUAAAAUCAUUGAAAAACCAUGCAAACUGCUGUCGACUGCAAUGGCAGCAACAGCAGCAACAAAAGCAACUCAACGACCACCACCAUCGUCGAGAGCAACAACGUCAGCGUCGAUGCGCGCAGCGAACUCUUAUCACACGAUGUAACAUCGUGUGCUGCUGCACCAUCGACGCGCUCCACGCCAGCUGUGCUGCUGACGCCGGUAGCAAUGCUAGAGCAAACCAGUGUGCUGCGCCAUCGUUUGCAAGUAGGCGUCGGUGUUGGCCAUAGUAUCGGCACCUCGGUCAUGAACUACGGUUGUCCGGCAACUGUGGGUACUAGUACGCAGAAAUUAAGUGGCCCAGCCUCUCAUCUCAUCAACAUGGCCGAAUAUAUGGGCAGCAAUGUGGAGCGUAUGUGCGUCACACCAUCACCAUCACCACACGCAUCACCGUCACGGAAAUCGCAACUGAAGAAUAACGUCAUUUCCUCCAUACCACCAAAGUCAACAUCGAACGCUACACGAAACGAUGGUGGUGGUGCUAUGACGGCGCUUAGCCAAUGUUCAGCUUCCAGCAGCAGCAGCAGCAGCUCAAGUUCAAAUUCCAUUACAUCGUCUGUGAUCGCAUCACCAGUUAGCUUUAAGCGAGAUCUAGCGCGACGACGUGGUUUAGUUGGAGAAGGAGGCGUCGUCGGCGUCGGCGUUAGUAACGAAAUUGAUGGUGCAUUAGGAGCAGCGGGUGAUAUACUAGAUUUAAGUGGCAAAGAUUGUGCCGAACGACGAGGUGCACUCGCAACCAGAGGGCUUCCACUUCAUAAUGCAUACGAGGAGCAUUUGACACUAAGCACACCAACGACACCGCUGUCUGCGCCAUCGUUGUCAUCAUCAACCACCUCAUUGUCACCCUGUACGAAUUCGACAAAUACAUCGACGACUGCAUCUUCGUCGUUGCUAAGUUCGACAGCGGUGACGCCGACAACGAAUACACCGAAAUCGGCGCUAACAACAACAACAACGAAAUCACCCGCAUUCGAUCCCACUGCACAACUGCAGCACUGGCAGGAUAUGCCGAAGUAUUUGCAGUUUAAUCCGUAUGUGCUCAACGGCUACCGUCCAUUGACAACAUUCAGAGGCUGCCUGCUAAGUUUGUUCUAUUGGCACAACGAAACGGUCAAUAUACUCACGCACGCCAUACCGAUUUUCUACAUUCUGGCAAUUGUGCCUGGCCUCAUGCCUUGGGAGCAGGAAUAUCGCUUUUUAUCCUUCUGUCACCUCUUCGGUUCGGUGGCGCCAUGGUGUGGCAGCUUUGUUUAUCAUCUCUUCAUGAAUAUUGAAAAGGGCGAACACGUAUACUACACUUUGCUGAAAUUGGAUAUGGUUGGCAUAUGGGUCAGUCAAAGUUUUGGUGCAUUGCCGCUAGUUACGGCCACAACAUUCUGUUUAAGCCCCAAAUGGAAAUGGUUGAUAAUAAUAUCCUACUGUUUACUAUCGUUUUGGGGACUUUACAAGGCUCUAACUGCAAGUUCACCUUGGCAACGGCGCCUCUGCUUCGCUCUUCCCUUCACCAUGCGCUCAAUAUUGACAUUAUUUCGCACUCUGGGUAUAUGGGUCGGUGGAAGUCGAAUCGCGCUUUCGCAUGUUUAUCUGCAGGAUGGCGUCUCCAUAUUGGGUGGCGCUAUAGGUGCAAUGCGUAUACCAGAAAAGUGGUUUCCGGGCGUUGUGGAUUUCUAUUUGAAUUCUCACAAUAUUAUGCAUGUGUUGGUGGUGGUAGCGGUAUACUCCAUGCAUAAGGCAACUAUAAAAGACUUUGAGUGGAUGUCGGCAACGAAUUGCAAUGCUACUGCAAGUGACACCGUCGAAACAAUAGAUACUACUUUUACCUCAAAUGUGGAACUAUGACCUCUUAACAUUCAAAAGCGUGAAUUAAAGGAUUAUCACACAGUAGCUAUUUAUUUCAGUGCAACUAUAUUGAAUUGUUAAAUCUAGAACGCCUGACAGUAUGCAAAUUAAAAGAAAAAAAAGUAUUUAAUGUUUUUGCAAUAAAAAAUACGUAACAUUUAGUUAAAAAAAAAUAUAUAUAGUUAAAUUAAAAAGUGCUUAUGUAGAGCGUGGGAAGUAUGUAAAAUAUUGACGCGAUUUUUACUUAAAAUUGUUGCAUAGCCAUAACUAUGACUAAAGUGCACAGUGGGCGAAGCAACCCAGCCUUUCAACUUCCUUUGCGCUAAUUUUAUUGCGCUACAUUGAGAGAAUUUUUUUCUUUCUAAAAGUUAGAAGUGCGGCUGUGCCAGAAAAAAAAAGAACCGGUUUUUUUCUUGUAACUUCAAGAUAUUGGGUAGUCGAAAUAGUCUUUUCGUAUUUUGUCAAUAGAUGUCGUUGGAGUCAUCUAUCUCCAGUGCUACCAAUCACAUUGUGUCAUAUCAUAUGGUGUUAGAAAGGUGACAUUUUAAGCUUCAUUUUACCAAAAAAAAAUUUAAUUCGGAGAAGUUGAAAAAAAGUUAUAGCUGUUCAAAAAUGAGUGAAAAUAAUGAAGAAACUCGCUUUAUUUUGAAAUUUUUGUAUAAAAAAGGGAAGAAUGCCACGCAAGCCACCAAUGAAAUGUGUGAAGUUUGCGGAGACAAUGCUGUAUCAGUUCGUGUAGCACAACAAUGGUUCGCUCGCUUCCGUUCUGGAAAUUUUGAUGUGAAAGAUGCACCUCGCUCCGGUCGACCUAUCGUUGAAAAAGUCGAUGAAAUUAUGGAAAAGAUUGACCAGGACCGUCACAUAAGCUGCCAUGACAUCGCCAAGGCACUAAACAUUCAUCCACAAACGGUUUGAACCAUUUACAAAAGGCUGGUUACAAAAACAGAAGCUCGAUGUUUGGGUACCACAUGAAUUGUCUGUGAAAAAUUUAAUGGACCGUAUUAACAUCUGCGAUUCUUUGCUGAAACGAAAUGAAAUCGAACCAUUUCUGAAGCGAAUGGUAACAGGAGACGAAAAGUGGAUCAAAUACGACAAUAAUGCGCGAAAAAGAUCAUGGUGCAAGGGUGGUGAAGCUCAACAAAUGGUCGCAAAGCCAGGAUUGACGCCUCGAAAGGUUAUGCUGUGUGUUUGGUGGGAUUGGAAAGGAAUCAUCCACUAUGAGCUGCUCCAGCCUGCUCGAACGAUUGAUUAUUUACUGUCAACAACUGAUGAGAUUGAAGCAAGCAAUCGAAAAAAACGGCCAGUGCUGAUCAGCAGAAAGGGCGUCGUCUUCCAUCAGGACAACGCUAGGCCACACACAUCUUUGAUGACUCGGCAAAAACUGGGAGAGCUUGGCUGGGAAGUUUUGAUGCAUCCGCCAUAUAGCCCUGACCUUGCACCAUCGGACUACCAUUUGUUUUGGUCAAUGCAGAACUCCCUUAAUGGAGUAAAGUUGGCUUCAAGAGAAGCCUGUGAAAAUUACUUGUCGCAGUUUUUCGCCGAGAAACCACAAAAGUUUUACACUGAUGGAAUAAUGUCUCUAAAAGAAAAAUGGCAAAAGGUGGUCGACCAAAAUGGUACAUAUUUGGUUUAAUAAAGUUCAUUGUAAAUAUAAAAAAAAAAUAGUUGAAGUUUGAUUAGAAAUACGAGAAGAGUUUUUCGACUACCUAAUAUAUUUCGUGCUGCUCUUUGCUGUGUAAUAGUCCCACUCAAGGGCUACGACGCCAGUGCUAACUCAGGUUAGUGCCGUUCGAAACUUUCCCGUAAAAGCAAUCAAAGAACAAUGAGUGAGAAGUACGUGAAAGCGUUUUGAGACGGUAUUUUUACGUACGCAUUCGAAAGGGCCGAAAUUAUCUUAAGCCGCGGCUAAAAAAGUCAUUAAAAAAUCAAAAAAAAUUAUGGUGCUGCGGAAUCAGCGGUAUAAAGUGUACAAAAAUGUUGAUGACUUUUCCGAGCGCGGCUGCAAGCGAGUGACGACAAAAAAAGCAGAAUAAAGUGAUCGUACAACCUUUUAAGCGGGACACUCAUUUGUGACCACGCCAAGCACGAUGAGUGGUUAAAGAAAAGUUAAAAGAAAAUUGAUGUGAGUAUCAACACCAUCGAAUAACGACUAAAGAAGACGAGCAUAUCCUACCGUCCCACAUCAUCAAAAACCACUGCUCUCAGAAAAACACAUUGAAAAACAACAAAAUAUAAAAAUUGGCGUUACAGUAGUGAACUGUCGCUCUCAGUCUCCAGACGCCUACUCCAUCAAAAAUGUGUGAGGAACUAAGGAAAUGCAUCUUGUCGGAAGGUCAGUCCAUGAUUUAAAGCAAUUCGUGUGUCAAGUUCGCAAAAUCUAGUCCUGUUUGUCGACGACGAGCUACGCAGAAACGCUGGUUCAAAGAUGCCAGGCUAUACUCGACAACGGUAUAGAGUUCCAUAGUUUUACGGUUGUUAGAAAAUGCGCUCUUAUUCCUUGUAUGGAACAAUGAGAUUCAAUGUUUGGUUGCACUGGCAGUGUUUCAGAGUCAACAAGCAUCAUUUUCUGCCGCACCAUUUUUUUUAUGUGGUAAUUGAGUUUACAAUGAGUUUAGUUCAGUGUCGAGUUUUAAAUCUGCUGAGGUUAAGGAUUGAUUGCCUCUAUCUUUGUACAUUCUAGAUCAAUGAGUCCUUUCGAUUGCCGCACGCCCGUUUGGGCUCUCCAGUUCUCGAUUAAGCCGCGUUGUUCGCGCUUACGUAAAAAGGCACUUUUUAAGCUGGUGUUUAACCCACAGAAAGGUUGAGAACCGAUGAAGGGAGUGUUUGGAUCCCUUUUUGCUUCGUGCCUCUCAUGUCCCAGUACCCAUAUCAGAGUAACAAAGUUACAUGAUGCUAGAGUUUCGAGAAUUUUAAGACAUUCCCCGACCAACCUUGAUUGAAAUGAGAUGCUAUCUAGUGAUUUUAGAGCUGCUUGAAUAUCAGAGAGAAUGUUGAUAUUGACUCCACGGGCGCCUCAACGAAGACACUCCCUCGCACAUAGCGUUAACGCAUGGACCUCCACCUGAAGAGCGGAAGUCGUUUUUCCCAUUGCAAUUGCCUUCUUGAAGUGUGGUCCGACAAAUCCAGCCUCGGCAGUGCCGUCUUCCAAUUUAAGCCCAUCACAGGAACCCAUGUUGCCUUUGGGUGAAAUGACUCAGCCAUCUCUGUCAACUACUUUGUAAAGGAUUUUAUCGCCGCCUGGCUAUCAGUAAAUAUGUGGGCAUCAUCUGCCGAAGACUAAAGGAAAUCCCCAAAUGCUCGAGGGUAUGACGACAAAAAAUAAACAACACCAUGGUCGUAGCACAAGCACACAAUGCCCAUUCGUUGAUCAUGUACGAAUACGUAUAUUAAAUACUUGCGAAAGUACGUCGCGAUUCUGGCACUUCGGUAGAGAGGUCUGGUUUCACCGAUUCGUGCGUAUUUAAUUACUUUUUGAUAAAUUGAGGGUGUUUCAUUAUGAAAUUCGCACAGGUUACAGAGCAGGUUUUCAAAAUUUUUUUUUUUUUAUUUGUUCACUCCCCUCGGGAGCAUAGGGCCUCGAUAAGACUCAGUCUUGCGUUGGUUUCGUUAAUCUAUUUUGAUUUCUGACAGAGUAACCUGACGCUACCAGUCCUAAGUAGUGCCCACCUAUCGUUGCUUAGGAACAACGCCUUCUUACUGCUUAAAGCGCCAUCUGUGUUUCACAUUUUUCAGCCAGAAGGAACGCACAGAUGGUUCGCUAAAUUUGGUGUGUCAGCGCUGUUGCCGCGGUAGCCCGCCUCCUCUUGCUGGCGCCACUGAAGCAAUGUGUAACUGUAUGUUUUUCUUUGUUUUUUGCUUGUUUUAGCAGCCGCAAUGCAAAUAAUGCACUGACUAUUGUGCGGGAGUAAAGAUUGAAAGGAUAAGUUUUUAGGGUUUAGGAAUGCGAUUUUUUUUGUUUUUUAGAAACGGGGAAAGUCGAUAAAUUUGGAAAAGUACGAUUUCAAAAAUAACACAACAAAAUUUUUUUGACAGCUCCAAAAAUUAAAAAAAAAAUUUUUUGACAGCUCCAAAAAAUUAAAAAAAACAA